AUGAUGAAUAUUAGUGCAAAUCCUUAUAGCAGCGAUCAUGAAAGUACGUAUCGUAAUGCAUGUAUGGCAUCUGCUCCAGCGACAAGCGAUAUUAUGCAUUACCCAACAACUUCGUCUCAUUUGCAUGAAACUCCCAACCAUGCAUCGGGUCUUUUGUAUCAUCAUCACUCUCAUCUCUUGGAAUAUGGAAUAACAACAUCAAAUAGUCCCGUAAUUAGCGAAUCGUACUAUGAAAACUCCUACAAUAGUAGUAACAGUAACAAUAGUCAAAAUAAUCCAGUUUCUUACAAUGCGUCGCUUCCAUCUCCCGAUCAUCAUAUUAUCAGUUCAGAUAACGGACUGAGUUACACAAAUUUAGAUUACAUGUAUUCAACUACAGGAACGGCAGGAUAUAGUUAUGAAGAUCGCUUACGCAUGCCAAAUUCACAAUAUGAUCAACAUCACGCAAGUAUAUCACAAUGUUCGAGUUACACAAAUUCACAAACCUGGCAUCAUCAUCAUCCGUCGAUGUCUUCUUUCUCCGCAUCAGAAGCAGUUUCGUCAAUGGGUGAUGUAGUUGAUGUCAAAAUGGAUCAACGAAAGUAUGCCUCUUCAAGUCAAGGAUAUGGAAUGACAAACACAAUACCAACAACGACACAAACAACGGGUAUUAUUAAACAAAAUGAUGUCUUGAAUGAGACAACUUCAGUUCCUAAUACAACACAACAACAAGCGCCAACGUAUAAAUGGAUGCAAGUCAAACGAAAUGUGCCAAAGCCUCAAAGUUCCAAAUCACCCGUAAUGCAAGAUUACGUUCUUCCAGUACAUCAACUUGAAAUGUGCAAAGGAUAUCCUAAUUCGUUAUUAAGUAAUGCUACAAAUGCUGUUCUCAUGAACAAUAACAACAAUACAGGUCGUACUAACUUUACAAAUAAGCAAUUAACGGAGUUGGAAAAAGAAUUCCAUUUUAAUAAAUACCUAACGAGAGCAAGAAGAAUUGAAAUUGCAAAUGCUUUGCAAUUGAAUGAGACGCAAGUAAAAAUAUGGUUUCAGAAUCGCCGAAUGAAACAAAAGAAACGAAUAAAAGAAGGGCUUGUUCCAAUAGAAGCAAGUUCCUGUAGUUCACCUAAUCCAACGUUGAUUACAUCAUCCUCACAAGGAGGCAGCGGCGAAAAUAGUAGAGAAUCAGAAUAAUAAAUAUUUAAAAAUGAAUUAUGUUUAGAUAUAGAAAAUAAGAAUCAUUUUAAACUUUAACUAA